AUGAAUGAUGAAUUAUCUGUUUCUGAUGAAGAUAAACGUUGUUAUGCAUGUCGAAAUGCCGAUGAAGGAUGUGUAACACCUUGCCAUUGGACACAACGUUGUUAUAUUAAAUCAAAACAUCCUAAUGCAACAAUCAAUGAUCGUCAAUGUACAAAUCAACCAUGGGCACGAGAGUUACUUACUGAUGGAUGUAUAACAUAUAUGAAAACUUAUUGGUGCAUGUGUUCAUCUGAUAUGUGUAAUGGAGGUGAUCUGGACUCAAUUCGAGGAUUUGAAGAUUGCUCUAAAAAUCCAUGUCAAGAUGGUUCAAUCUGUCUUGAUACAAAAGAAGGAUUUACGUGUAUUUGUGCACCAUGGCAAGAAGAUUGUACAAAAUCUUAUCAAGUUGGAUGUAGUUGUAAAAAUGGUGGCCGAUGUAUAAUGAAUUACGGUUCAUAUGGAUGUGAAUGUCCGUAUGGUUAUACUGGGAUAAAUUGUGAAACAUUAACUGGGUUGGUUCCAGAGGAACUACUUCCGUUAUUAUUAAAGGAAGCCGCAGUCGACAAUGCUGAAGAAGAUUCUGAAUCUUCACAAUGCGUUAGAGAACCAUGUGGACUUGAUGGUGUUUGUAUUCCAAUGCCAGAUGAUAAAUAUGUAUGUUUAUGUCAAAAUCGUGUUAUUGCCGCUAAAAGUUGUGAUGAAGCUCGAAGAGAUCCAUGCGCACCACAUAAUCCUUGUCGAAAUGGUCGUUGUAUUUCGAAUGAACGUGGUGGUUUUCAAUGUAAAUGUCGUGCUGGAUGGACUGGCCGUCGAUGUGAUCAAGGCACUAGUUAUUGUGCCAAAUAUAAUCCAUGUCUUAACAAUGGAACAUGCCAUGAUGAGGGAGAAUCUUACCGUUGCCAAUGUUCAGAAAAUUUUAUGGGUCAUCGUUGUGAAAGAAUGGAAAAAAGUUGUUCAACACCUCAAUGUUUUAAUGGUGGUGUCUGUGUAAAUACGGCUACAUCAUUUAAAUGUAUUUGUCCCAUUGAUUAUGAAGGACAACGAUGUGAUCAAAAAUGGAAUGACUGUGCUAGUCAUUCAUGUCUACAUGGGUCAACAUGUGUUGAUGGGGUUGCAUCAUAUACAUGUCAAUGUCAACGAGGUUUCACGGGAAAAUAUUGUGAAAUAAAUGUUGAUGAUUGUCGAAUGGAUUCUUGUAUGAAUGGCGGUACAUGUGUCGAUCUCGUCAAUGAUUAUCGCUGUCAAUGUUUACCUGGAUUUACUGGACGUACGUGUCAAUAUGAUUUACGAAAAUGUAAUGAAACACUUUGUCGAAAUUAUGGCACAUGCUAUAUGGGUUUCGAUGGUUAUGCUCAAUGUCAUUGUAAUCAGAUCUUUACUGGCAUUUUCUGUGAAAGCCGUGUUCAUCCUUGUUUUCCAAAUCCGUGUACGAACGGUGGUACAUGUGUAGCAAGAGGCAAUAAAAUUGCAUGUUUAUGUCGGCAUAAAUUUACUGGAAAUCAAUGUGAAAAACAGAUAGAUAUUUAA